GUUAAGCUGCUUUACCGCUGAUUAAAACUUUUGAUAUUUUAAUUUUUGAUGGUCAAUACUUAAUAAUAUCCUUAUCUUCGAUGUUAAAAUUAAAUGUGUUCCCAUUAAAAUUUAACAGCUUGCUUUAAAUAUGCAUGAAAUGUAAGUUCGAAACUUUCCCCUCACUAGACCGAGAUACGUCGAAAACUGAUAUUAAAUAUUCCGAAAGCGUUUCAUUUGUGAUCGAGAGGUGCUUACACGAACCACAUAAUGCCGAACCGAUCGAUGCUGGAUUUUUCCAGACUUAACAUGACUUACGCGGGAAUAUGGCGAUUCGGACCGAGCUCGAAGCGACUUAUACGUUUCUUGUAUCUUCUCUACUCGACAUUUGUCUUCAUUUAUUUCCCUGUAUUUCUAACGUCCUUAACCAUCCAGUUCUCCAUCAUGUUGAGCUUCGACGAAGAGUUCAAAGCCGCCCCGCAAAAGGUAUUCAGGACUAUAACGCUAAUGAUUACUCUAUGGACAGUCGAGAUCAAAGCCAAACUGAUCCAGACCGCAAGAAUAAAACGCAUCAUCGCUUACAUCCUCGCAGAGGAGACCAAGAUUAGACACUCGCCAGAUGAGGACGUGGCUCGUUGUUAUUUCGAGCAGGCAAAGUUCUGCAGAAGAUCCAACCUAAUUAUUUUCUCAGUCACCAUGACCGUUGCAACGUCCAUGAUUGUAGGGAACUUCGUGCAAUGCCGCCAGGUGGAGCAACAUAACCGAUUGCGAAACGACACCAUAUCGAAGUCGUUCACCUACGAACUGUACUACGCGGGCUUGGACAGGAAAAUGGCGGAGAGUGUGCUGGAAGCUACAAACGACCUGUCUGUACUCAUAGCUGCUUCGCUCGUUUCCAGCACCCAGCUCGUUUUUAUUUCCUGCAUGAUAUUCGCCACAUCGUUGAUCAAGAUCAUGCAGAUCCGGUUCAGGAAAAUGGUCACCUACGGCGACGACGUCGUGGUUACUUUGAGGGACCUGGUACUGGAGCACCAGAAGGUUAUUGAUUUUGUAGACCAGUUGAAUGCCGCAAUGAAGAACCUCAUACUUCUGGAGUAUCUUCUUCAUUCCCUGAAUUUCGCUUCGGUGUCGAUACAGUUCAUUAAGUCGGAACGCAACAUUUCUAUGGCGUUUCCGGUGUGCUACUUGGGUCUACUGGUGGUGCAGACGUUCUUCCUCGGAUGGAACGCCAACGAGGUUAAAAUACAGAGUCUGAUGAUGGCGGACGCUCUGUACGAAAGCCCGUGGUACGAGCAAACCCAAGAAGUCAAAGGACUGCUGCUCGUAGCCUUAACGCGAUCGCAGAGACCCCUGACGCUGACCAUCGGACCUUUCGACGCGAUGACCGUCGAAUCGUCUUUGACGAUAAUGAAGGCUUCUUACUCCUACGUCACGGUUAUGAUCCAGAGUUACCGCUAAAUUGUGAGACAUUUAUCUCAAUUCGCCGAUUACGAAACCGAAUCCUAAAUAAACGGGUGUAAGAUAAGGCGCUUAAAAAUAAAGACUUCGUCGAGCCACCGUUAUUGUAAUUAAGAUUAAUGAGUUUUGAAGUUUUUAUGCUAUCCGGCUAACUAAUCCCAAGGACGAAUGCGGGGAAAAAAAGUACGCUCGGUUUCUAAAUAAAACCGCAUAUCUGUUAAUAUGAGACCGGGAAUAGCUAAGCGUAUCUAAAUUAGUGAAUGGUUUUUAUAAAUAACGGUAUUUUUACAGUAUUUUAUAGUGUUCUUUCACAUAAAUGGUUUUGGUUGUGUAGAGAAGAGCGCUUGACAACAAACAUAUACUCUAAAUGAGGAAUAUGAAAAGAUGAAGUGCAGGGUCGGACUGCGGAUAGAAGAAAAUAAUACCGGAAUACAAGAUUUUAAUUAAUUUAAUGAAAUGCCAAAACAAGUUUUAAAAUACUUGUCUCUAUUGUCUCUUGUCUAUUUGGUAAUAUUUGAAGCCCACAGUACAUAAAUUUUCCAAAGGCUAGUAGUAUAAUUCUAUAACUUCGUAGCGUACCAUGAAAUCAAAUUUUUCGAAAAUAUACGCGCUUUGCAACGAAACUCAUAUCUCGGAAACGAUACGUCGAAAAAAAAACGGUUUUACUUUUUGUCUAUUCUCCGUUCUCUGUUCUCUGUCGACGCUUUAUAAAAAUGCGAAUAACUUCCGAACGGUUGAGCAAGGGAGCUGAAAUUUAGCUCCUUUUAAACAUUUUCCACUUUUUUCCACAGUUUUUAAAUUAAAUUAAAGCUAUCGACUUCAAAUUUGGGACACGUAUUGACCUUGGUCCCUUCACGGAACCUAAUGAAAUUGGUGACACUGAGGGGUUAUUUCUAAAAAACGAUAACAAAUAUCGAAACGGUUGUUCAGCGAAUAGACGCGCGAGAUCCGAGUCCAAAAAAUCAUUCCGAAUAACAUCAUUUUUUGAAAAUGUACGGAGUGCGUCGGUAAUUUACAAAACACUAAAAAAUGCGUUCUUCUUUUAAGGACAAUUGGUUAUAACUAGGAGGGUGUAUUUUAGUUGUCAGUUUCUAUAACAUCCGGAUCCGGAUAUUUUGUGCUAUAAUAUAAAAUAUAAUUUUUUUAAAUAUUGGAAGUUGGGCGCCAUCAAAAGUGACCUAUUUUUAAAAAAUUAGGAAUAUUUUUUUUUGGUUAUAUCUGCUUCUAGAAAAAUAUAUUUUUCUCGAAAACUAUUUAGCCGAUCGAUUUCUCAAUUAUGAAUAAAAAUCUAAAAGACCCUGAAAAUUGUUCUUUCCCAGAGUAAUUGUAAAAUUGUAUUGUAGACCGCAUCAAAAGCUACAAUUUUUGUAUUUACGGUUUUCGAGAUGUUUGAAAUAAUCUAAAUUAAAAUCACCCUCAAUCUAGAAGCGAUGACGGACAUGACACGCAAGAUAUUACAGUCUUUAUAUUUAUCAAAGUUUGUCGUAACUUUGAAGUUCGGCGAGAUAUGAAAGUCAUUUUAUGCAAGGUGCAUGCACAAUAAAAUUAUACCGAUUUAGCGAAAGUUCCAUAGUGAUCGGUGGCUCUAGGACAAAAAGCCUUUAAAAUACAAAGCUGCGUAGUGACUUUGUAGGCUGCGCAGCGCAUAUUACAGAUCAGACGAUUUUUCGAAAUCAAUUUUCUUUUAAUGGGAUUUGCAACCUCGUUGUGAUCCAAAGAGCGAAAUUGAGCACUGACAAAGAUGGCAGUAUCAAGAGGAAAAAAGUGUGUGGGUGACAACAGUUGCUCAUCGUGUGGCUUACAAUGCAGAGGUAUAUAACGUAGACCGCAAUGAAAUGAAAUGGUUGUUAGAUAGUGCUUGUACGGAUCACAUAAAGAUGAAAAAUAUUUUGCAAACUUUAAGAUACUUAAAGAAUCUGUAAAUGUUCAGUUGGGUGAUAACGGAGUUGUGAAAGCAACAAAAACUGGUUCUUUAAUGCUUUUAGAGAAAAAAAUUAAUAGAAAUGGAUAUGUCGCGUUGUUUAUUAGCAGAAUCAAAUGUUGAUAAAAAGUACUGGCCUGAAAGUAUUUGCGCAGCAAUUUAUUUAAAAAAUCUUACAUUAUCAAAUACCGUUGAGAAAAAAAAUGUCAUUUGAAAUAAUUUUUGGAAAAAUAUCCGAUUUACGUGGGUACGACAGUCAAAUUUUUGUAAGAAAACCGGAAGAAAAGGGAAUUUCUAAAUGGCACAAAAAGGCCGAUAUGCGUAUUUUAAAUGGGUACAGUGGCGUCGAUUAUUGUGUACUUUUAAACAAUAGAGUUGUUAGACAUACUGAUAUUGUUGAGGAAAAUGUAAAAUGUAUUGGUUUGAAUGGAGAAGAAUAUGAUAAUGAGAGUAAUGAAAUUAGCGAUAAUUCUGAUAUCGAUGCAAUCGCUGAAAACUACCACAAUGUGAAUAAUAUUACUAAAAAUUCUCAUUCUAAAUUGAUCUUGAAGUUUGUAAAUCUCAGAGACGUAGUAUCAAGGGUAUCUUUGUAAAUUUUUGUAAAGCUGAUGUACCAACUACAUCUGAGGAAGCGAUAGAAUCAAAAGAAAUCGAAUUUUAGUUUAAAGCGAUGGAUAAGAAAAUUGAAAAUAAAAAUGAAACUUGGAAAAUAGUUGAAAAGUUUGUUAAUAAUAAAGUUUUGGACGUUAAUUAGGAGAAAGUCUGAUAAUAAUUAUAAAGCUAGAUUACUAAGUAGUAGUAAAUUUUGAAGUUUAUAUUCGUCUACUAAAAAGUUAUGAAAAUGGAUCAAAUAAGGUAUGUUAACUUGAAAAAGCUUUGUAUGGCUUAAAAUAAAUUCCUAGAUCAUGGUAUGAAUGUCUGAAUAAAUUUUUGAAAAUUAUAAAAUUUUUAUAAUUAUUUAUAUACUUAUGUAGACUGAAAUGGAAUCAUUUAUUUAUUAAUUUUUGUGGAUGACUUACGAAUUUGUGGCAAAAAUGAAAUUGAAAUAAAAAAAAAGUUUAAUGUCAAAUAAAAUUAAAAAAUACCUUGUUAUUACCGUUGAAUAUGAGCCCAGUAAAUAUAAAAUAGAAUUGAACCAAACUGUACAACACUCCCAUGGAAGUAAGUUUUAAAAUUAAAAAGUCUGAUACUUGUGACAGAGACCUAAAAUAUGGAAAUUUGAUUGGUGCAUUGCUUUAUAUUAGUUCAGCUUCAUGACCAGAUAUAAGUUUUAGUGUAAAUUAUUUGAGUAGAUAUCAAAAUUGUUAUAAUGAAACACAUUACAAAUACGCUUUGCGAAUUUUGAAAUAUUUGUAUUCGACCAAAAACUUAAAGUUGAUUUUUAAAAGAAAUGAUAAUGUGAACAUUUUUUAUUGUUAUGUUGGUGCCCAUUGGGCUGGUGAUAAUAUAAACGACAGAAAAUCAACAACGGGUUAUGUGAUAAGAUUAUUUGGAAAUGCUAUAUAUUGGAAAUAUAGAAAACAAAGAUCCAAACAAAAGCUUCAACAUUUGCGCAGUAUGUAGCAUUAUCGGAAGCGGUGAGUGAAUUAAAAUUUAUUGCGGAUUUAUUGAAUUAUAAUGUUAAAUUAAUGAAACGAAACGUUAUAGAAAUGGCGAUUUUACUAAAAAUUCUAAACAUGUCGAAGUUCAUUAUCAUAAUGUACAUGAAUGUGUCAAGGAAAACGUUAUAGAUAUAAUUAAAGCGCUACCUGUGGAAAGGUUUAAAAAAUUCCGACACAUGUUAAACUUAAUUUGAAACUAAAGUUAUUAAUAAUGUCCAUUAUAUGUGUGGCAACACUGUGCAUGGAACGUGAAGAACAGUCUGUGUUCUGUGACAAGAGAAGAAGAGUGAGCGGCACCCUGAAAAUGUAAAGAAAGAUGUGAAAUGAGUUCUGUAUUUUCGUUUUGUACACAUACUGAUAUAUAGAAUAUUAAAGAAAACAGUCUUUCAGAUUAGAUCUACAUCCCAACGGACACCAGCCUAAAGCGUAAGGAAUUAUUAAUUAACAGUUGUUAUAAUUGGGUUGGUAUAAAAUGUUUUUUGAAACGCCCUGUAUAUCGGAAGUCGCGAAUUGCCUUGGAAUUAUCAUGAGGUGGACCAAAUUGGACAUUUUUUCUAACUCUAAAUUAAUAACUUUGAAAAAUCCUUUGAAAAGGCAUAAAAGUGCCCCGCGUCUCGUCUGUAUCACUUUACCGUUACAAGGAAAACUACUAUACGACUAAUAGGCGCUGGCUAACAGCUAAUUAGUAUUACACUAAACGAUAGUUAAAGUUUGCCAAAAAAUAUGGUCAUUAAAGAGCAAAAUGUUAUCGCGUUUGGCCAACGGUAGUGGAUGGAAAUGUUACAAGUAAGUCUAUAAUUCCAAUGAGGACUAACAUACUUGUUCAUCUAUAAAGUAUCACGUCCUAUUGCAUUUUUCUGUUACACAAAAGCCAAAAACAGUUCGUCGCCCCGUCCAUAUAAAAGUGGUCAAAUAAUUAAGACGUUAAAAAUAAAAACGAUCGUUUUUGUUAAUCGGCUGGAUUAAUAGUUCGAUUUAUUGAUAUGAAUAAAAUGCCGGUGUCUCUGGAAAGUACACGUUUAUCCAUUUGGUGAUAUCACAGGUCGACGGAAUG